AUGGUUCAACAUGUAACAAAGAUGAGCGAGACCGGAGAAGCUGUGGAUAUUGGAAAGUUAGCCUUUAUUACGGCAAUGAACCAAAUGGCUAACACGUGCUUUUCCAUGAACGUGGCCGAUUACAACUCCGGCGAAGCUCAGGGGUUCUUGAAUGCCGUGAAGACGGUCAUGUUCGUCGUCGGGCAGUUUAAUAUUGCUGAUGUUUUCCCUUGGCUGAAACCUCUAGAUCCUCAGGGAUUGAGGCGGAGAACGAAAGUUGCUUACAACUGGCUUAAUUCUGUUUCUAACGAGUUUGUCACGAAGAGGCUGCAGCACAGGAAGCUUAAGAUAGCCAGACAUGGGGAUAUGUUAGAUUCUCUUCUUGAUUAUGUUCAGGAAGAGCUUGAGCUCAACUAUGAAAGUGUCAAGGUUCUUCUAGUGGUAUGUAUUUCCCUGCAUAUCUGCCAUAGAGUUAUGUCUUUAAUUUUUACCAAACGACAUAUUAACUUUCUCUAA